AUGAAUAAAAAUAACUCUAAUACAACAAAUAGCCCAAUGAAUAAUUAUUCAAGUGGUAGCAAUAGUGGGGGUGGCUCGGGAAAAUAUGAAAAUACCUCAUCCCCAAAAACAACAGUUCUAAAAAAGAUUAAGGAUAUGUUUGGUUCUUCAAAUUAUCAAAGCAAUAAUCAAAACAACAACAACAAUAAUAAUAAUAAUAAUAAUAGUAACAACAACAGUAAUAAUAUUAAUAACAAUGAAAUUAAUGAAGAAAAUGAUUAUAGUUACAACUCAGGUUCACUUAGUCAUAGUCAAAGCAGCGGAAAUUUAUCAUUAUUAAAUAUUAUAAAUAAUAAUAAUCAAUAUUCAAUUAAUGAUAUCGAAACUAUAAAUGAUCGUUUAAGAGCAGAAUUAAGAAAUAACAAAUAUCUUACUUUGGGAAGUAGAGUGACAUUUUUAAAAGAAUUUUGUGAUUAUAUAAAGUUUUUUAGAAUGGAAAAUAUAGAACAGGUCUGGAAUUGCGCAAGUGAUUUAGUUGAAGACAAUAAACCAAUCGAAGCUCAAAUUGUAGCCAUGCAAAUGAUGUUGGCAUUAAUCGAGAGCAAUUAUGGUAUUUUGGGUGACCUUAGAUCUAUAUUUUAUCAAAUAAUCACCGAUAAUAAAAGUAUAAAUAUAUUACAAUUAAGUAAUAGUAAUAAUAAUAAUAAUAAUAAUAGUAAUAAUAAUAGUCAACAAUCUCAACAACUUGUAAAUAAUCAUAACACCACCACCUCAAUAAAUAAUGCAAAUUCAUCACCUUCAUCAUCAAUUUUAUCAAAUAGCCACAAAUCAUUACCACUUAUAAACUAUCAUGCACAAUUUAAUCAACAACAACAACAAACACUUUUGCAAUUAGCCUCAUCACCAUCAACCAAUAAUCUAUCAACUUCAUUACCACACCACUCUUAUUUACAACAAGAAAUAAACAUAUUGUCUCCUUCAUCAUCGACAUCAAAUAUAAUAUCUCCUCCCCAGCAAUUAUCAUCAUCACAUAAUCAACUACCAACGUCAUCACCUCAACCAAUUGUAAAUGAAAAAUCAAACCUAUCAUCAUCACAUAACCAAUUACCAUCAGCAGCUUCACCCUCAUCAAAUAUAGCGUCGCCCUCAUCAAAUAUUGCAUCAUCUCAUUUAUCAACAAAGUCAUUUCAAGAGCAACUAACCCAACAGAUUCAACAACAACAGUUACAGCAACAACAACAAUCAAACUUGAUUUUAUUAAAUUCUAAAAUUAAAGCAUUUGGAUCGUUAAUAAAGCAGGGUAAAGAUAUGAUUCCAUUUGAAAACGAGGUUAUUCAGGUAUUAAUCACAUGGUUAUCAAUUAUGUCAAAUCAUUAUAGAAACUCAUCAAAUAUCUCCAAUACUGGGUUUGAUGAUCUUUUAGUGAUGAUCGAAAAUAUUAUAAAAAAUGGUAGCAGUAUAUUAACCGAAGGUGAUAUUGCUUCGCUCAUCGAUGCAAUGUGUAUACUAUGCAAUUCAACUAGCUCCAUUGGAAUUAUAGAAUCUUGUCUAAACUUCUUUAAUAUCAUUACAAAGAUGGUAGUAAUACCUCCAUCUUGUGUUUCUAUGGUAAUUGGAUCACUUUGUAGAACUGUAAAUAUUGAAAGUGCUUGUAAUUCAAGUUGGGAAACUAUGCAAAGCUUACUUGAAAAGUAUGGUAAUCAAGGUAUUCAUUCAUUAUGCUCCAUUUUAAAUGAUCCACAAAAUAGAAAUACUAUAAACUUAUUACGUGGCGCUGUUUUCUUUAUUGGUAUGUCCAUUUGGGGGUCUCAACGUAUAAGCUCAUUACACAUUAGUGCUGCAGUGGUAUUACCAUCACUUUAUAACUCACUUUCAGGCAGACAAGAGAUUAUAGCAUAUGAAGUAAUUUUGGCAUUGCGAAGACUAGUAAAGAAAUACGGCGGUAAUCUUAAUGUCGAAUGGGAUCUAAUAUUUUUAAUUUUUGAAAGAAUGCAAAGCUUACUUGUAAAUAACACCGAUCAAGAAAAUGCAAACAACUCAUUAUUUAAAGUACUCCGUGAUACAGUCUCCUAUAUUGAAGAGCUCGAAGAGAAACAAUGUUUUGAAGGUAGUAAAAGUGGAUUAUUUGAAAUUUCAGCUCCCUACUUUAAAUAUAAAACUGAAGACGCAAUUUUGAUGGCCAUAGAUAAACAAAAAACCAAAAUUCACCCAUCUCAUGCUCUUUGGAUUAAAAAGAUGUCACUUUUAAUCGAUUUGUUUUAUAGAAAAGAUCCAAGAACCAGAAUUAGAAAGAGGAUACUUCUAAGUAUAAGGCAAAUCUAUUUUCAAUUUCAACAAAUAUAUGGCGAAGAAAUAUUGGAAAAAAUAGUAGCACCAACAUUUAUCGACAUCUAUAGAGAUCGUGAUGUACAUAUCCGUACUUAUGGUAUCGAAAUUCUAAUUGAAAUAUUAACCAAAUCUGCUGGUCAACUAUCUAGUAGUGUUUUUCAUCAGUUAUUAUCAAUUUUAGAACGUUCCAUAAUGAUUUCAUCCCAUAAAGAAAUGAUAGUUUAUUUAGAAAUAUCAAAGAUAUCUAUUCGUGGUCUUAUUCAAAUAUUUAAGAAUCAAUUGUUCCAUUCACCUCCACAAUUAUCUCUAGAUCUUUGGUCCUUAAUCCUUUCUCAAAUAUCAAACGAUAGUCUAAUCAUUAGACGUGAAGUAUUGUAUUGUAUUUCAAACCUAUCAUCAAACAAAUGGUAUCAAUUAAUCUUUCAAAACCAUUCAAGUUUGUUUUUACAUUUUUCUCAAGCCAACAACUUUUUAAGUGAUCUUUCAAAGAUUUUAACAAAAUCACCAAUGUCACCAAGAUCACCAAGAUCAAUUGAAUUAAAUAACGAUAAUAAUAGUAACAACAACAACAAUAAUAAUAAUAACAAUAACAACGAAUCUGAUAAUCAAAAUUUUCAAAAUGUUGAAGAGGAUCUUGAUGAUAUAAGUAGUAAUGGUAGUGUUGAAGAUAAUCAUAAUACAAACCAACAACAAUCACAAACAUCAAUUCAUCAGACAGCAGCAACAGAAAAUCAAGCUUUAUCAUUGUCAACUUCAUCUUUACCAAACCCACCCACAGUUAAGAAACAAUACAACCCAAAUGAUGGCGGUUGUUUUUCAAAUAUUAAUAUUUGGAAUGCUUUAUUAGAGCGUUUAGUUAAAGAAACAAAUUAUGAAUUAUAUUUAAUGAUUCUUGAUAUCAUUUCAAAUCAAUUAAAGAAUAGAUAUAUUUUACUAGGUUUGGAGAAUGAAACUCAAUCGCUUGUAAAUUUAUUAUCAAAAUCCCUAUCUGAUAGAACUCUUGGCAUUUGUAUCAAUGAUUUCCAAAAUUUAGAAAAUAAUAAAAAAGAAACAUUAUAUAUUUUAUCAUUGGAAAUUUUAUGUAAUUUAAUAGCAUACCAAAAUCCAUCAUCACCAUUUGAAAAAUGCCAAAAUUCAAUUUCGAAUAUGAUCACAACAUUAACAUUCUGCUUGGGCCAAAAAUGGUCAAAUGAAAAUAGAAGUAAAGUGCACUCAAUUUGCUUAAACGGUUUAAUGAUAUCUGCUGUAGAUUUCCCAUUUAAAAUUACUUUAAAACACAUUCAAAAUAUUACAAAAUCAUUAUAUUCAAUUUUAACAAGUAGUAACACAAAUAAAGAAACUUAUUUUACAAUUUUACAAUAUUUAAAUUUAUUAGUUUCCAUUGAUAACAGUUCGAUUGGGCUAUCACAGCAGUUACCAUUUGAAACAUUAACAUUUAUCUUUAAAUUGAUUAUUCAAUUUAUUGAUAAAUCAAGAUAUAGCUCUUUAAUUAUUGUUGUAGCAUUUCAAAGUUUAAUUAGAUGGUUUACAUCAUGUACUCAGUCCACAAGAACCCUAUUGGUUAGAAAUAUUAUUAAAACAUUGGAUAGUCAAUUAAGAGAAAAGAAAGAUAGUUUGUUAAUUGAUAUCGCUAUUGAAUUAUUAAAUCGUUAUAUUCAUACCGAUAUUGACCCAUACCACUAUCCAAUAAAACACUCGAGUCCAUUAUUCCAGGGUAGUCAAACUAAAACUUGGUUCCAAAACAGUAGUCCUACAUUAAUUACAAUUAGAACUGGUAGAUUAGGUUGGUCUGAAGUUACACUUAGAAAAGCAACUGGCUGCGUAUCUUGGCUAAUGAGAUUCCAAAACAACUUUAAUCCAUUAUUAUCCUCGAAUAAUCUCAAUCUCUAUAACGAGCUUUCAAUGUUAAAUGACUAUAAUCAGCAACAACAACAACAGCAAUUGCAACAACAACAACAGCAACAACAACAAAUUGAUCAAAUUUUACAACAAAAGAUUAUUCAAUAUCAAAUAAAUAACCAGCAAUCAUCGCUAAACCAAAAUAAUAUUUAUUUACAACAACAACAACAACUACAAUUACAACAACAACAAUUAAGACUAUUACAACAGCAAUUACAGGCUCAGCAGCAACAAACUUCACAAUUAAUUGUUGAACAGAAUUUCAACGAGAAAUCAAUUCAAAAUUUCCAACCAUACCCAACCUCAUCACCACUACAACAACAAUAUUACGAACCACCCUCAUUUAAAACAUUCAUUAAUCGUAGAAAUGAACCAAGUACCCCAAGCUCAUCCCCAAUUUCAGGUUCUGGCGAGCUCUAUCAAAACAUCAAUACUGGUCAAAUAUCAUUUGCCAAAUUACAAAAACAAAAAUCACAACAAAAAUUCCAACUCUACCAACAACAACAACAACAGCAACAACAGCAACAAGAAAAACAACAACAAAAAUCUUUAGUAAAAGAUACUUUAGAUGAAAUUAAAGACUCUGAUAAGAUUAUUGAUAGCUUGAAUAAAUUAAUGAAAAAAUUAGAAUCGUCUUCUUCAAAAGCAAACACAACCGAAUCAGCAAAAGAACAAUCCUACCUUUCAAAAAUCAAUUUAUCUCAUCAUCGUUCAAAUAAAACCUCACCACAUAAUGAAAAUGAUUCAUCAAUUACAAAAUUAGGUUUAUCAUUCUUACCAAAAGAUUCAACUUCAUUAUCAUCAAAUAAAAACACACCAACCAUUCAAUCCUCAAAUGAUAUUCAACUAUUAUCAACAAACUUUUUAAUUUCACCAAUGAUACAACCAAUUGAUAAAAAAAAUGAUAACCAACAAAAUGAAUUAAAAUCAUCCAAUAUUCCUUUAUUAACAUUAGAAUCAAAAAAUAAUAAUAGCAGUAAUAAUAAUAAUAAUAAUAUUAGGGAAGUUGGUUUAUGUUAUGGUGAAAAUUAUUUAGCCGAAGCAAAAGUACCAAAAUUACCGUUGGAUAAUACAAAUACCAAAAUCUGUGGCUCAGGUUAUAACUACGAUAACUCAAGUGUUAAUAGCAAUGAAAACCUAUUCCUAAAUAGCAAUUUAGAGAGCCCAUACAAACUAUCUUAUGAUUCAAAUACUGAUGAAAAUAGCAGCUCAACCCCAACAAGCUAUAAUAACAAUAAUGUGCAUUCACUUUCGAGAUACUAUCCUCCACUUCCAUCCUAUGACGAUGAUGAAGAGUUAUUAUCAUUCUUUAGCUCCUCAAGCCCAACACAAAUGGUAUCAUCUUCAUCAGAUUUGAACUCACAGGUUAAAUUAAAUCUAUCAGCUCAACUUUUACUUCAUGCUGAUCCAAGCUCACCAAAUUUAGAGAACAUUAAUCAUUCAUUCUUAUUUGAUGAUUAUCAACAAUCACAACAACCCACUAUUCCAAUCGAAAUCCCUGGUGAAGGUAGUGAUAACAAUGGUAAUAGUAAUAGUGGCAGUGGCAAGAAUAAUCCAAAUAAAAAUAACAUUACCCAAAAAACAAAAAAUAGUAGUAACAAAGUUGUACUAUUAAAUAGUAAUACAAAUUCUCUGGCCUCAUCAAAUUCAUCUCUUACAAAACCAGAAUCCGAAAUAUUCUCUUUAUCUGUUGAAAACGACGAUUUGGAUCAAUACUAUAAUUAUGAUAAUGGUAAUGCAGAGAACUGGAAACCAUCAAGGUCAAAGAAAGCCUCCAAACCAAAGAAAUCAUCAAACAACUCUGUUGGUGAUAAACAACAUAAUCCUAUUCACCUAUCUACCUCCCCAUCAAUAUCUUCGAUUGCAAGUAAAAUUAAUGAGUUGGAGAUUUGUUCUUUAGGAUCUACAGCCACCAGAAAUGAAUGUUUAGUAAAAUCCACAUCAUUUAAUAUUGAAAGCUCUUCAUCCUCCUCAAACCAACAAGCUCAUUUAAUUUCACCAAUUCCUAUUUUAGCACAAACUCCCUCACAAUCUCCGUUAGGUUCGGUAAAACAAAACCAGUUAUUAUUAACACCCCAAAAAAUCAAUAUUUCUGAAAGUGCAUUUAAUAUUUUAUCUGAAAAAGAAAAAGAAAGUCAAUUAGAAAAACCAUCGGAAACAAAUACAAAUACAAAUACAAAUACAAACAAUACAAAUAUAAAUUUUUCCUCAUCUUUUAAUUCUCAACAAAUACAAAAUAAUAAACCUUCAUCGCCACUUAAUCAAUCUACACCCUCAAUUAUUAAACAAGACAGCAGUGGCUCACUUUAUCAUCCAAUAAUUAGGUCAUCAUCUCAACAAUCACUUUUAACUAAAAAAACAAAUAAUAUUAUAGCCAAUACCACUUCUAUCAACGCAAGUCCCUCAAAUCCCAAAUCCUAUGUUAAUAGCAAAGCUUUAAAUAUUGAAUAUUUAUUAAGUACUAGUCUAAAUAACAAUAGUAAUAUAAUUAAUAAUAAUAUGAAUAUGAAUAAUAAUAUGAAUAAUAAUAAUAUAACAGCAAUAUCCCCAUCAUCUCAAUUUGGCAGCCCACAUUCAGGAUUAUCACCUCCACACUCACCAUCCCCUCCACCAAUCCAACAAGAACCUCAUGAACUAGACUAUACUAUUUUGGAUCCAUCAAUUGUAUUUUAUCAUCUCCAUCAAUUUUCAGGUGAUAUCACAACAGAAAUUAAAAUGGGAAAUUCAUUUGAACGUUCACUUAGUGUUUUGGAUCAUACAUUUUGUUCUGAAACCUAUAAGUUUGGUAUACUUUAUUGUGCAGCCGAUCAAAAUACUGAAGAGCAAAUUCUCUCGAAUAGUAAAGGUUCUCCAAGAUACCAUCAAUUUUUAAACUUGAUGGGUGAAACCAUUCGCCUUUCUGAUCGUCUUGAUGUUUAUCCUGGUGGUUUAGAUAGAACUGGUAAAACCGAUGGUGAAUAUUCAAUAUAUUGGAAAGAUAGAAUCAGUCAAGUUAUAUUCCAUGUAGCCACUAUGAUGCCAUCCAUCGAUACCGAUAAAUUAUUUACAAACAAAAAGAGACACAUCGGUAAUGAUUAUGUCAAUAUCAUCUUUUCAGAGUCACCCAACCUUUUCAAUACUCAUUCAAAUGAUGAUGACGAUGAUGAUAAUAGUAGCCAUUAUAUUUUAAAUCAACACUCAUCAUCCUCCUCUAGCUCCGACGACGAAAAACUCUCUAAAAUUAUAUCUGGUCAAUUUAAUUUUGUUUUAAUUGUUGUAAAUCCUUUAGAAGAUGGAUGGUAUAGAGUCGAAAUAAAAAAGAAAAAAGAUAUCCCAAUAUUUGGUCCAAUUCAUAAUAAUCAAAUUAUUUCCGCAAAAUCUUUACCAACAUUAAUCACUCAAACUGCUAUUAAUGCAAACUUAAUAUCGAUGCAAUUUGAUGGAAAAGUUGACUUUAUUUCAAAUUUAGAAGAAAGAUUAAAACAAAUUAAAACAAUUAAAGAAAGAUUUGCCCAAGAUGAAGAAAAUAGUUGGCUUGAUUUAAUUUCAUUAAAAAAAAUUAACAAAUAA